UGAAGGUGAUAUGGCCGUGGCAAGGACUAACGGCUACCUGCCUACGUGAAUAAAGAUAAUUUUAUUGAAUUCAACGCGCAAGAGGCCCUUCCCCGACAACCCACAUCAUUAAUCUCUCUCACCUGGCAGUUCAAAGUGGUUCUAGUACUCAAGCACAAUGCUGAACAAUCAAUGACCUCUGUAUAUGCUUUAGUAUGGUAGAUUUCGGAAGCAAUGUUAAAUGGAGGAGAACUAAAACCAUGAGUAACUGAGUUAUCUUUGCUUUUCUCUUUGCUCAAAAAAGUGGGGAGCAGGAUUUCUCUUUCUGCAUUAUUUGCUGUUUCCUCUGCCCUCCUCGGGCGGGUGAGCUUUGACUUGGUUUCAAUGGAGCAGUUACGGAUUCAAACUGGCAGAGGAGGGUGCCAUUGCCUGCCCUUUGGCAAGCCAAUCAUGCUUUGGUCGGUUGCACUAAUGUAUCUCACUUUGAGUGGCCACAUUAAUGCUCUAACACCAGACGGCAUAGCAUUACUGAAGUUGAAAGCAAAAUUAAACGACACCAAGAUGUUGUUAAGUAAUUGGAAAGAAUCUGAUACCAACCCAUGUGGAUGGAGGGGAGUCGCAUGCAAUCAUGCCAGCAAAAGAGUUAUUGCUAUUAAUCUACCAUACCUUGGCCUAGGAGGCACACUUUCCCCCAGCAUUGGAGAACUGAAAAAGUUGAAGAGGCUGAAUCUUCACGACAACAGCUUGCAGGGUUUUAUUCCACCUGAAAUUGCUAACUGUAAGGAGUUACGGGCAUUGUAUUUAAACCACAACCAACUUGAAGGGGAAAUUCCCGCAGGCCUUGGCAGCCUGUUCAAUCUCAUGAUAUUGGAUCUAUCGAGUAAUUUAUUGAAAGGCCGAAUCCCUCCUUCAAUUGGUCACCUGGAAAGAUUACAACUUCUGAACCUAUCAACAAAUUUUUUGACAGGUGAAAUCCCCAAAACUGGAGUAUUGAAAGGGUUUGGAAAUCGCUCGUUUGUGGGCAACUUGAAUCUAUGUGGUCAACAGAUUGACAUGCUCUGCAGGAAUGCAUUGGGAUUUCCAGCUGUAUUACCCACCUCGGACCCUGAUGUGGAUACAGUAUCAACUAGAACAUCCAAGCGCUACUCAAAUGGAAUUCUCAUUGUGAUUGGGGUAACGGUGGUUAUGGCCACGGCUCUUGCUGGGCUUUUGUUCUUCUUGUGGUUUUGCAUUUUGUACAAGAAAAAUCAAUUCAAUGAAGGAAACAAAAAUAUAGAGGAACAGCUUCACCCAAAGACAGAUGCUAAACUUGUUAUGUUCCAUGGAGAUCUGCCAUACACAUCUCAGGAUAUAAUAAAGAGGAUUGAAAUGCUUAGUGAUGCUGAUAUCAUUGGUUCGGGAGGCUUUGGUAUGGUCUACAAAUUGGUCAUGGAUGACAAUAAUGCAUUUGCAGUCAAGAAAAUUCAGAAUGAUGGUUUAAGAUCAGAUCGCCUGUUUGAAAGAGAGCUUGAGAUACUGGGAAGUAUCAAACAUAGAAACCUUGUGAAUUUGCGAGGUUAUUGCAAUUCUCCAUCAGCCAAACUUCUUAUAUAUGACUACUUGCCCCUGGGAAGCUUACAUAACUUACUCCAUGAAUCUCGAGAAGCAGAGACAUGUCUGAACUGGAAUGCCCGAUUAAACAUAGCAAUUGGAGCAGCUAGAGGUCUGGCUUAUCUGCAUCAUGAUUGUUGCCCUCGUAUUGUACAUCGCGAUGUUAAGUCAAGCAAUAUAUUACUGGAUGAGAAUGUGGAGUCACAUGUAUCGGAUUUUGGUCUUGCAAAACUCUUGGAAGAUGAUGAAUCCCAUGUGACCACUAUAGUAGCAGGCACUUUUGGUUACAUGGCUCCAGGUAUAAAUUCUCUUACUCCCGAGUAUGUAGGGUUUAAACAAUUCAACAUCAUCAGUUAUAAAUUCUCCACUAUAGUAGCAGGCACUUUUGGUUACAUGGCUCCAGAAUACCUUCAAAGUGGGCGAGCAACAGAGAAAUCUGAUGUAUACAGCUAUGGAGUUGUUCUGCUAGAGUUGCUUAGUGGAAAACAGCCAACAGAUCCAUCAUUUGUUGCCAAAGGCUUGAACGUUGUUGGAUGGGUGAACACACUGUUGCGGGAGGAUAGGUUACAAGAAAUAGUUGAUCCAAGCUGCCAUUGCAGCUGUAAAGAAAGCAUGGAGUCAGUUCUAGAGAUUGUGGUGAGCUGUAUAGCUUCCACUCCUGAAGAGCGUCCCACAAUGAAUCAAGUUGUUCAGAUGCUAGAAGCAGAGAUCAUGUCCCCAGGUCUUAGUGACAUUUAUAAUUCUAAUUCCGAAUGAUAAGCUAAAUGUGUCUUCAAUAGAUCUGUUUUGCCCCUACUUGUACAUAAUAUUGGGGUACUGUGCGAUUUAUACAUAAAUACUAGCGCUUGAAAACUAACGGUACAGAGGAAAGCUAGAGGCUAGCUUUGCCUUGAUAGCAGUAAUCUCUAUUUCAGGCUAACAGCACUGAUUUGAACUUUCUAUCUUCGUUAUAGUAUCUUAAUACAAAUGUUUUGUUUGGAGCAGUA